CUGCCCCGCCCCCCAGCCCCGCCCCGCCGCUCCCGCAGCCGCCGCGGCCCCGCGCCCGCCGUGCCCGGGAGGAUGGUGGCGGCCCGGGGCGCUGCCCGCCGCGGAGCGCUGCUGCUGCUGCUCGCCGCCCUCGGCACCUGCCGCCUGCGCCUCGCCCGUGCCGCAGCUUCGUGUCCGCGGAGCCUGGACUGUGCCCUGCAGCGCCGGGAGUUCUGCCCGCCGGGGUCGGGCGCCUGCGGGCCCUGCCUGGCCUCCUACCAGGAGGAUGACCAUGGGCGAUGUGUCCAGAAGCAGCUCUCACCCAGUGGGAGGACGUCUGUUCACAACCUGGAGAAACAAAUCGAUUUUCUGGCGGACAUGCUGGCCAGGCAAGAGGCUCCUCGUGCCCACCCGCUGCGGGAUGGUAAGCCCAGGACCACCCUGGUCCCCAGCGGCAGCAGACAGCGCAUGGCCAGCGGGCUGAGAGAGGGGCUUCUGCAGCGGGGUCCUGCCAGCAGCCAGGCCUCUGCCACCCUCCCCACCUCCACCACCCCUGCGGGCCAGAAGCACCCGGUGGAGGUGUCCCCUGUCCCUUCAAAUGACGACAUGGUGCUCGGGCUGAUCGUGGUGUGCACGCUGGCCGGGAUCUCGGCGUUGAUCGUGGCUGUGGUCUGCUGGUGCAGGCUGCAGAAGGAGGUCAAGCUGGCACAGAAAGCAGACUACUUGGCACAGCGAGCAGCCAGCCCCCUGCCCUAUGACAAGAUCUCGGUAAGGUGCCCGUGUCCCUCCCUGCAGGGGGUUUGGUGCUGGGUUCAGGCGUGUUCUCUGCUUGAGGGGUUCAGCCUGGCGGGGGACGCUCCAGCCAGGCUGGGGGGCUCUGCAGCCCCCCCACCGCUGUCCUUGCUCUCUCCACAGCCCGGGGACAAGACGCUGGCUCAGAGCGCCCAGAUGUACCACUACCAGCACCAAAAGCAGCAGAUGCUCUCCAUGGAGAAGCAUAAAGAAGAGCCCAAGCUGCCAGACUCAGCAUCAUCCGAUGAGGAGAAUGAAGAUGGUGACUUCACUGUGUACGAGUGCCCCGGGCUGGCUCCGACCGGAGAAAUGGAAGUGAGGAACCCGCUGUUUGAUGACUCCUCCUUACACCCCUCCAACCCCAAGUCGCAGCAGUAACACCCCUCCUGUCCUCCGCACGAGCUCGCUACGGACUGUACGCCCAACGCCGAAGCCCGGUGGGACGGCCACGCCAGAGGGGCACCCGCGGCCAGGCCGAGGGGCACAGACCCCGCUCUGCCAGACUGUUUGACGCCUGCCCAAUAAACACCCACUAACAGCUAUGGGAGGGGGGGAUCGCCCCCAUUUCCAGCAUCCUUGUCCUCUUUGCUGCUGUGAUCGCGUCCCUGCCUUGCCCUUCGCUCGUGCCAGCCCCGUGGAGGGGCAGCCACCGCCUUGGCGCAGGAACUGGGGAGGCUGCAGUGCUGUCUCGUAUUUGGCUUUGCGGAGGGGCUGCUACCCUGGCUGCUGCUGGGCUGAUGUGACAGCAGCUGGGAAAGGGCUGGAGUGGGGGCCAGAGCGUGGGAGAGGGGCCAAGGGGUCCAGGUGUGCUCGUGGCUGCAGGGGAAGGCAUCAGGGCUGCCAGGCUGCCCAGAGCCCCUCUCUCGGGCAUGGGGACUUUCCCCAGAGCAGGUGAUGUCAUAGAAUGUUGUGAGUUGGAAGGGACCCACAAGGAUCAUCAAGUCCAGCUCCUGUCCCUGCACAGGACACCCCACAGUUCACACCGUGUCUGAGGGCAAUAUGGGUAAAGGCUGGGAUGCCUGGCCUGCCCCUCUUCCCCAGCAGCCCCCAGCUCUGUGAGCCGAGGGCGGGAGCGGGCUCAGGCGUCGCUCCCGGGGAUGCACCUUCAGACACUCGGCCAGGAGCCCUGCCCUGCCCUGCCCUGCUCGCCCUGGCCCCUGCACCUCCUCCAUCCCCUUCUGGGGUGUUGGGCCUCGGUGGCCCCAGGGCACUGACAGUCCCAGUGCCACUGUGGCCUGGGACCCCGUGCCGGGCUGUGCGGGCAGAGGAUUCCUCAGGAAGCCCUGGGUACCAGCUGGGCUCCCCCGCUAGGCCUUCAUGGGGUGAAAGCUCAGAAAAGCCUCAGGGUUUUGGUUUUAAGCCUGUGUGGCCAUGGGGGAGGAAGGAGCAAGACUGGUGGAGGCUCAGGAGGCCAGGAGGGGUGGCCAAGCUGUGGGGGCUUCGCUGUGCUGCUGCUCUGCCCCAUGGAGCCCAUGCCCUUUGUAGCAUCCCGGUGGAGCCCACCCCAGCACUUUUCCAGGUAUCCCUCCGUGGCAGGGGACAGUCCCCCUGCACAUCCAUCCCAGGCACCUCCCAGGCUCCAGACAUGCCCUCCACCCUGCCGCUGCCCACGUCUGCGUCCGGGCUCACCAGUGCCCACCGACAAGCCCUUGCUCGGAGCCCAGCACUGUUCCCCAAAGCCUUCCCGGUGCAUUGGCUGUGACCACUCCAGUGCAAGGCCUGCGAUGAGUUGUGGGUGGGUUUUUACAGAUGUGGCUUCAUGUCCAGACCCUGAUGUGGACUUUGACGGCCACAGGUGAUAUUUUGCACACAGGUGGCGUCUUGCACGGGGAUGACCUUUUGUGCACGGGUGGCCUCUUGCACGCAUGGGAGCCGUUGCACGCAUGGGAGCCGUUGCACGCUCAAGAGUUGCUGCAGGUGCAGGCAGGCACGGGCAGGGCAGGCAGCAGCAGGGCCCCGCGCCAGCGGGUGCUGUGGGGUGGGACUGGACCCAGCGGGGUGGCUGGCAGAGCCUUUCCCUCCACAGCCCCUUUCCCUACUCCCUCACCCACGGGCUGCCGCCCUUCUCCCCAUGCACCUUGCUGUUGUACAGACUGUAGUUCUUUUAAAAGGAGAUUUUAUUAAACAACCGUGUUUGAGA